UUUUCCCGUGUUUAUUUUGACAGACUAAAAAAGUGAUUGGAGGUCCCAAGUAGGCUCUGUAACAAGUCUUAGUCUAGACCCUGUUUCAAUAUUUCUUUUUAUGUUUAAGCUUUCUUGUCUCUGACCCUGUUGUUGUCUGUGUAAAAAACCCAAAAUAUUCUUCAUUUUUACUACCAUUUUAGUGACUGCAUAAAGAAGUAAAAGUUCGAACAAAUUAUGGCUUUGAAAUAGUUUUGUGCUUGACUUUUUCAUGUCAAAUUGUUGAUUCAAUAUGUUGUGGGGUUCAUGCAAUGUUGAAUUCUGCUACAGGAACUAUUAUUAUAUCUUCAUGAUUAUGGAACUAUAACUUAAAUUCUUGCGCAAUGCUAUAAAUUUCUGGUACCAUAAUCCAUUAUCCCUUUCAUGGAUUAAAAUUAGUGAGAAAGUUGUUAAUGGUACGCAUGUAUCAAGUUCAACGAGUACGUGAUGGGAAACACUUUGCUACCCGAAGAGUAGAUGCGAUACAGAAGGGAAACAUUGUAUUCACAUUACUAGCUCCAUUUCAGAAAGAAGAAGGGUUUGAACACCAGGAAGUAACAAUGGCUUCUGUACCUGCUCCAGAGAUGCUUCCAUCGAUGGAAGAGCUACAUGAGAUACGUCUCACGGAUCCACAUCUUCCAAGGACUUAUGGGAACAAGGUGGCCACUACAAAUUUCAUCCCUUGGCCCAUUGAGAUACAGUUUUGUGAGCCCAAUGCUUCAACCAAUCAGACUAAAUCUCCUCCAAGGUUAGCCUGGUUUAUUGUCAAAAGGCAACUCUCUGAUGAUCAGGCCUUGCAUAGAUGUGUAGUGGCAUAUACUUCUGAUCUGAUAUUUCUUCAAGUAAGUAUGAAUCCCCACCAUAGGAAGAAUUUGAAGACAAGUGCUGUUAGUCUGGACCACUGGAUGCACUUUCACUGGCCUCUCAGAGCUGAUGACUGCCUAUUAUUUGUGAUAAACAGUCCCGCUGCCUACAAUGCACGUGGUUUUGAUUCUGCUAAAAUUUUCAAUAGAAAGAGAGAGCAUGUUGCAUCGGCAACUCAAGAGGGCCUAAUUAGGGUGAUUAAAAAUCCAAUUCCACCUGUGACUUCGAAGCUGUGAACUGGUUGAUGCUAGGUCAUGUCAAUGGAGUAUUAUGCUGAACUUUUGGUUAUCAAUCAGGUUUAUGUGCCAAGAUCCCCACCACACCCCCCCCCCCCCCCCCCAACUCCCCCUCUCUCUAUUUUCCUUUUAUAUUAAAUAUUCAAUAAUGAUUUGUGCAAUUGUAACAAAAAUGAAAAAGGGUGAAAGUUAAUUAGUUUGACUAUGUAGCAUUUAA